ACAAGAUGAGAGUAGAUCUUGCAGAACAUAUAUUAUCACAAAAAGUUAAAAAAGCGAUAGCAGAAAUUCCAGAAUUAAAAAAUAUUUCUCAAGGCCUCAGAUUAUAUAUUAAAUUUUUAUAUAAAUCAAAAUUGAAAAUUCAGCAUAUCAAAUUUUGUAAUUUUGAUUAG